CCCUAACAUAGGCUCGCUCGUGCGGCCCGAACGUCAACUUCUUUUUAAAAUCAAAAGGCGAGAGAACAAAACCCUAGUGGCCCAAACAAACUAAAGAUCUUCCUCCGUUCCCAACACCAGAAAUCUCAAAAUGCCUUUCAAGCGUUAUGUUGAGAUUGGGAGAGUUGCUUUCGUAAACUACGGAAAAGAUUAUGGUAAACUUGUAGUGAUUGUUGAUGUUAUCGACCAAAACAGGGCUCUUGUUGAUGCUCCUGAUAUGGUGAGAAGCCAAAUGAGCUUCAAGAGGCUCUCCUUAACAGACAUCAAGGUUGACAUUGGCAGAACCCCUAAGAAGAAGGUUUUGAUCAAAGCCAUGGAGGCUGCAGAUGUUGAGGAGAAAUGGGUAAGCAGCUCUUGGGGUAGAAAGUUGAUUGUUCAGAAGACAAGAGCCUCCUUGAACGACUUUGACAGGUUCAAGAUCAUGUUGGCGAAGAUCAAGUGGGGUGCAAAAGUUCAUCGCGGGAUCCCACUGGUUGAGCUCAAGGAAGCUAGGUGGAAGACAACUAUGAAGCUGAUGCAGCUGCACCACAAGGACUGUACGGGGAUCUGUAAAAGAAUUAGCUAGUUGAAUUUUUACUUACUCUUUAGUCUCCUUAUGGUACCACCAUUUUAAAGAUCUAGUAAUUACAGUUGUUUAUAAUAAUCUAUAUAUCUACUUGUAUUAGAGAUUCUGUUAUGUAAUUUUAGCCAACAUCUGUCUUCCACUCUUUGCUUUCUGGCAAAUAUCUUCUUUUCUUUAGCUUGCAAAAUUACAUUAAACCGCCGAUAUCAUAGGAGUGCCUAUAUUUUCGGUUGCGAGGAAUUACAAGCGUCUCGACGCACAACCAGAACUUGGUGUGGUUGAAGAGUAUCAGACCAUGAUAUUUAAAACACAGAUUUGGGCUGGACCAAAAUAUCUUUCUUCUCUUCUUCACAGAAGCGACAU